AUGGGCCCCUGUACCGCCUCCCCAUGCUGCUGCCAGGCCCGUAAUCUGCCAUGGGCCCCCGUACCGACUCCUCAUGCUGCUGCCAGGCCCGUAAUCUGCCAUGGGCCCCUGUACCACCUCCUCAUGCUGCUGCCAGGUCCAGAGUGUGUCAUGGGUCCCUGUACGGCCUCCCAUUGCUGCUGUCUCUAUCGCCACACUCUGCCAUGUGCCACUUUCAGGUCUCCUCACACUGCUGGUGGUUUCCAUUUUUGUCAUAGGGUGCUGUAUGGCCUCCCAUUGCUGCUGCCUCCACCGCCACACUGUGGCUCCACACUCUGGUUUUGGCCCCGUGACUGCCCAAAUGAGUGAAGUGUGCGGUGAUUCUAAGAUCGACGGCACUCAUCUGCAUGUCAUACUGACUGACAGUAUUAUUUCUCUUCCCCAGCAGACUCCAAGGGCAUUUAAAUUAAAGGUACAGUGUUCAGCACUAAUAUUA